AUGGCUCCCAAUGGGAUAGUAGGUUCACCCACUCACAGCAAGGUAGCCACCAGACAUGAGGAGAAUGAUUUGGCGUACAGGUUGUUCAUCGAGCUCCUUGCGUAUCAGCUAGCAUCUCCAGUAAGAUGGAUCGAAACACAGAACGAGCUUCUGCGGAGACCAUCGCCAGUGCAGCGGUUCAUCGAGAUUGGCUCGCGGAGUACGCUCACAAGGAUGGCUAAAAAGUCCGCUUCUAUACAUUAUGAUCAACAUACUCCAUCGCAGUGGUCGCAUUUGCAAUUUCUUUCGUAUCAAGAUGACCGGAACAGAAUACUCUAUGAGUAUCCAGACCCUGUGCGGCUGCCAUCCACCAUUCAACGGACAACCUCAGCAUCUACUUCAGCUCGUUUGGCCGUUGCCAUAGAAGGCUCUCAAUCUGAUGGAGAGUCAGAAUCAGUAGCAGCACCCCUGGCCUUCACCCCUAUAAAGACUUCUGCUCAUGUACCCAGCGCCAAAGUUUCACUUUCGGCGCGUCACAUUCUCUUAGCGAUCACGGGUCAGAAGUUGCGAUGCUCUUUCGAUCAAGUGCCAAUGGACACGACGAUCCGGAAUUUAUCGGGAGGAAAGUCCACUUUUCAAAAUGAGCUGAUAGGUGAUUUGGUCGCCGAGUUUGGCCGCGUCCCGGAAGGCAUGGAAGAUAUGUCCUUGGCCAACCUAGUGGAAGCACUUCAGGGACGGUUUUCGGGCAAGCCUGGGAAACAGAUGUCGGCAUUGAUAUCCAGGUUUAUAUCAAGCAAAAUGCCGGCAGGAUUUAACCAGAGAUCGGCACAGAUGUACAUGCAUUCAAAGUGGGGCUUGGAGGGCCCUGAUGGAAUGAUUCCUAUAUGCCUUGCCAUUACUGUGCAGCCGCCAUCUCGUCUGGCGGAUGCAGGGGCCGCGCAUGCAUAUCUGGACAACCUCGUUGGUCUAUACGCAGAGUUCGAAGGGAUAACUAUGUUGCCAACGCAGCCACGACUAGAUAACGAGGAUGGAUACUCGGAGCCCAAUUUAAUAGAUGCAGUGGCGCUCAGUGCACUUCGAAAGGAACAACAAGAUCUCCAACACAAGCAGCUGAAAUUGCUUGCAGAUCAUCUGAAGACAAAGCCUGGCGAUCUCGAGGAUUCGGCACAGUCGGUGGAUCAUAAAUCAGACUUGCAAGAAAGUUUGGACCAGUGGAAUGCAGAAUUUGGCGAGGAUUUCCUACAAGGCAUCCGACCUAGCUUUAAUCUCCAGCAAGUCAGACACUAUGAUUCUUCGUGGAACUGGGUCCGUGAAGACCUGCUUAAGUGGAUAUAUGCGAUUUCACAGGGAUCUAAAGAGGCGGUGCUUCCAAAGAAAGAUGGUCGCCUACAUCGGAUUCUGAAUCGCUGGGACCCUGGCUGCACGGAUAUCAUCCUACAUCGACUGGAGGUGUCAACAUCCACAGCUUGCGAGAUGAAAGGCCAUGUUGUGAUGUUGAACCAAGUCCUGAAGUUAGGAAUUCGGGCUCAAGCGACUGACCCUGUACACAUCCACAUAUUGCCCCCUUUGAUGCCAAGUAUCAGUAUCUGCAGCUCAGGACGUUUGGAAUAUACGGAAACAAGUCGUUCGGUAUGCAGCUACGCAGACGUAAUCCGCCGAGGCCAUCUUUCUCGUACUGGUACCAAAGCCCCCACCCCUUUUGUGCAUAUUAAAACACGCAAUGUCGAUGAGGGCUGGACGUACGACGCAAAAGCUACCGAGAUGCUUCAUCAAGUGAUGGAUGCUGGCCUCACCACGGGUUUCAGUUAUGUCGGUAAAACGGUCCUUGUGACAGGUGCCGGUCCUGGUUCCAUUGCUGUAGAGAUUAUCCAAGGGCUUCUCGCCGGUGGUGCAAGGGUCCUUGUCACUACAAGCCGUGCAAUCUCCACGACCGCUAGGUUCUACCAGAGUCUCUUCAGAAAGUACGGAGCUCGCGGGGCUAGUUUGACGCUACUCCCAAUGAACCAAGCCAGCAGACAAGACUGUGAGGCUAUAAUCGGACAUAUAUACGGCGCAGAAGCAUCUGCUGGUAAGGACGUGGAUUGUAUCAUUCCGUUUGCCGCUAUUCCACAAACCGGUGAGCCCGACACUCUAGGCAGCCGUCAGGAACUUGCCCUCCGAGGGAUGCUUGUGAACCUCCUGCGGCUGGUGGGUCUCGUUUGUUGCGAAAAGGAAAAGCGACGCAUAAACACCAGACCGACGAUGGUAAUUCUACCCUUGUCAUGCAAUGAAGGGACAUUCGGUGGAGACGGCCUUUAUGCGGAAGCCAAGAUUGGACUGAAGUCCUUAUUCAAUCGAUUCCACUCCGAAAGCUGGUCAACGUAUGCCACUAUCUGUGGAGCCGUCAUGGGGUGGACUCGAGGAACUGGAUUGAUGCACUCAUCGGAUAUGAUAGCAGCAGAGAUGGAAAAACUCGGUGUCAUCACCUUUAGCAGGGCCGAGAUGGCCUUUAAUAUCCUGGCGCUGCUAUCACCGGCCAUCACCGCUCUUGCCGAAGAGACACCUGUAUAUGCAGAUCUAACAGGCGGAUUUGGGGCUAUGUGGAAUUUAAAGGAACAUAUCGCGGCGAGUCGUAAGGCGGUGGCCGAAAAUCUUCGUUUGGGUAUUGUUCUGGCGGAAGAGGAGACACAUCACGAAGCAGCCCUCCACGGACAGCAGGCAAACUCUCAUGCACACGAGCCAGAAGUAAGGAAUAAGCGAGCCAACCUCAAUAUUGGGUUCCCUUCAAUAGCAAGGCAGGAGGAUAUGACGGCGAGUCUUCCUGAUCUCCGAGGAAUGAUUGACCUUUCGCAAACGGUCGUCAUCGUAGGAUUCUCAGAGCUUGGGCCAUGGGGAAGCUCACGCACACGAUGGGAAAUGGAAAGCCAGGGUCAAUUCUCGUUAGAAGGUUACGUUGAGAUGGCGUGGAUGAUGGGUCUGAUCAGACACAUUACCGGCGAUCUCAAGGGCCAGCCAUACGUUGGAUGGAUCGAUGUCGUGACAAGCGAGCCGAUCUCGGAUGACGAGAUUCCUGAAAGAUACCACCAACAGAUUAUAGAGAACUCCGGCCUUCGUUUUAUUGAACCCGAUGCACUCAACACCUACGAUCCAUCACGAAUAGAGUUCAUGCAUGAAGUUGCGAUCGAAGAUGAUCUGCCGCCGUUCGAGAGCUCGAAGUCAGCGGCCGAAGCAUUCAAGUUGCGCCAUGGGGACCAUGUCUUUGUCCAACCAAUCUCAGAUUCGGACAAUUAUCGUGUCUUCAUGAAGAAGGGUGCUGUGGUAAUGGUGCCCAAGGUAAUUCCUUUCCACCCUUUAGUGGGCGGAAGGGUCCCCAAGGGAUGGGACCCUUUGCGAUACGGCAUUCCCGGGGAUAUUGUUCAGGAGGCCGAUCCCACUACCUUGUAUGCUCUUUGCUGCGUCUCGGAGGCAUUCUUGUCCGCUGGUAUCAAAGAUCCGUAUCAGAUGUAUCAGUAUAUUCAGGUCUCUGAGGUAGCCAACUGCUUAGGUACUGGGGGCGGUCCUAUGAAGACAAUCCAGAGCAUGUACCGCGACCGGUAUCUCGAUCGGCCAGUCCAAGGAGACAUUAUUCUUGAUCACUUUGCUAACACCAUGGGCGCAUGGGUGAACAUGCUCCUUCUUUCUUCCUCGGGUCCACUCAGGACGCAUGUCGGGGCAUGUGCCACAGCCAUAGAAUCAUUGGACAGCGGAUGCGAAGCUAUUAAGAGUGGGAAGUGCAAAGUUGCUAUUGUUGGCGGUUGUGAUGAUUUUGGAGAAGAAGUCGCUUACGAAUUCGCCGGCAUCAAGGCUACUGCAAAUACCAAAGAGGAGUUGGCUAAAGGUCGUCUUCCGGGAGAGUUCUCUCGCCCCACCACAAGCUCCCGUAGCGGGUUCGCAGAGUCUGCUGGCUGUGGAGUACAAAUAGUGAUGGCUGCUGAUCUUGCCCUCGAGAUGGGACUGCCAAUCUAUGGCAUUGUUGCUUACACCCAAAUGGCGAGUGAUCAAACCGGCCGAUCGAUCCCGGCCCCAGGCAAGGGAAUCCUGACGGCUGCACGAGAAUCAGCAGACGCCCGACACUCGCCGUUACUGGAUCUUGAGUUUCGACGUGCGGAAUUCGAGAAAGAGGUAGCUGAAAUUCGUCAGCAAGCAUGGGAUGGCCAAGUGAGCAGCACGUGCCAAACUGAGAAUGCCGCCUAUACAAUCGAAGAAAGCAUGAAAUCCAGGCUACGAGAUGCCCAGCACCGGUGGGCUAACAGUAUCCGCUUGCAAGAUGCCAGCAUCUCCCCCCUAAGAGCCGCACUAGCAACAUGGACCCUAUCGAUCGAUGACAUAGGUGUUGUUUCGAGCCAUGGGACUUCAACCCGAGCUAAUGAGCUUAACGAAGGGGAGGUUAUCAAUACUCAGAUGAACCACCUGGGUCGACGGAGAGGUAAUCCACUACUCUGCGUGUGUCAGAAAUCCGUGACAGGGCAUCCCAAGGCAGCUGCAGGCGCCUGGCAACUUAACGGCUGCAUACAAAUGUUCCGCGACAGCAUAGUCCCAGGGAACCGCAACGCAGACAAUAUAGAUGAACAGCUCCGACAGUUUAAGCAUCUGGUCUAUCCCAUGGAUUCGAUGACGGUGCCUGACAUGAAGGCGAUCAUGCUCACCUCCUUCGGAUUUGGUCAAAAGGGGGCGGUGGCCGUGGUAGUAACACCCAGGUAUGUCUUCGCGGCGGUUCCGACUGCAACAUUUGAAGACUACCGAACUCGAGCGUUACAGAGGCAGCGAACAGCCAACGUGGAAUUUGUCACGCGGCUUUUGAAGAACUCGCUGGUCCAAGUCAAAUCUGAUCCACCGUGGAAAAGCGCUGAGACUAUGCACAGUGUCUUCCUUAACCCGGACAGUCGCUUAGCUGCUGAUGACUCCUUCGGGACGGAGACUCCAGUUAAAGCUCCUAGUCCAGAUAGUGUAGGCGAGAGAUCGGAUGUCGCCGCUGCGCUUCUUCAGUCUCUGCUCGAGCGUGUUACUCGGCGCUCCGGUGCAACGACACCAACCAGCGUUGGAGUCGACGUGGAGGAGAUCAUGAGCCUCCACAUUGAGAACCUCAAUUUUCUGCAGCGCAACUUCACACCUGCAGAACGGGACUACUGUUCUAAGGCAGCGAACCCGCGCUCCGCAUUUGCGGGUCGGUGGAGUGCCAAAGAGGCCGUUUUCAAAAGCUUCCGGGUGCCUUCUAUGGGUGCAGGGGCUACAAUGCAAGAUAUCGAGAUCCUGGAAGAAAGCGGGAAUCCUUAUGUCAAGCUUCACGGACACGCUCACGCUGUAGCGAUGUCCAAGGGUAUCAGCAAGAUUGAAUUGGUGAUCGGCCAUUCUGGGGAAGUGGCUGCUGCCGUAGCGCGAGCCAGGUGGACCUGA